CAGCCGCAGCAGCAGCAGCCGGGGCGGUGGUGGCGGCUGCCGGCAGCUGUCAGCGCCCGCUCCGCCGGCGCCGACCACCGCGGCCCUGCCAGCGCCUUGCGGGAAGCGCUGGGUCCGCCGUGGUGCUGACUCGCUUCUUUCACGCCUCCCCUCCCUCUCUCCGGUCCUCUCUCUCCCCCAAAAACCCUUUUCCUUCCUCCCUUUCGCCCGCCCAUCGCUGACAUCCUCCUCCGGCCGCCUCCCCGCCCCGGGCUGCGCGGCCCCCGCCGCCCCAGCGAGCGCUGCGCACAUCGCCCGAGCUGCAGCACCGAGCGAAUGUAUGAAAACAUGUCCACAAUGGUGUAUUUAAAGGAAGAGAAGUUGGAGAAGCUUACUCAAGAUGAAAUCAUUGCCAAAACUAAGCAAGUGAUUAAUGGACUAGAGGCACUGAAGAAUGAACACAAUUCAAUUUUACAGAGCUUACUUGAAACUUUGAAAUGUUUGAAGAAAGAUGAUGAAACUAAUCUGGUUGAAGAAAAAUCAAACAUGAUUCGAAAGUCACUGGAAAUGCUGGAGCUUGGCCUUAGUGAAGCACAGGUAAUGAUGGCUUUGUCAAAUCACUUAAAUGCAGUGGAAUCAGAGAAGCAGAAGCUGCGGGCUCAGGUUCGCCGGCUGUGCCAGGAGAAUCAGUGGCUGCGGGAUGAGCUCGCCAAUACACAGCAGAAACUGCAGAAGAGUGAGCAGUCUGUGGCUCAGCUGGAGGAGGAAAAGAAACACCUAGAAUUCAUGAAUCAAUUAAAAAAAUAUGAUGAUGAUAUUUCACCAUCAGAGGAUAAAGAUUCGGAUUCCACCAAAGAGCCUUUGGAUGAUCUAUUUCCCAAUGAUGAGGAUGACCAAGGACAAGGAAUUCAACAGCAGCACAGCAGUGCAGCAGCUGCUGCCCAACAAGGGGGCUAUGAAAUUCCAGCAAGGUUACGGACCCUACAUAAUCUUGUUAUCCAGUAUGCUUCCCAAGGUAGAUAUGAGGUUGCUGUGCCUCUCUGUAAACAAGCUCUUGAAGAUCUGGAGAAGACUUCAGGUCAUGACCAUCCUGAUGUUGCCACUAUGUUGAACAUACUUGCUUUGGUGUACAGAGACCAGAACAAAUACAAAGAUGCAGCAAAUCUCCUGAAUGAUGCCUUGGCCAUCCGUGAAAAGACUUUGGGCAAAGAUCAUCCAGCGGUGGCAGCAACUCUUAACAAUCUUGCAGUUCUCUAUGGUAAACGGGGAAAGUACAAAGAAGCAGAACCCUUGUGUAAGCGAGCUCUGGAAAUCAGAGAAAAGGUCCUGGGGAAAGAUCACCCUGAUGUUGCCAAGCAGUUAAAUAACUUGGCUUUGCUAUGCCAGAACCAGGGUAAAUAUGAGGAAGUUGAAUAUUACUAUCAGAGGGCACUUGAAAUCUACCAAACUAAGCUGGGACCAGAUGAUCCAAAUGUUGCAAAAACAAAGAACAAUCUGGCAUCCUGCUAUCUAAAACAGGGCAAGUUUAAGCAAGCGGAAACUUUAUACAAAGAGAUUCUUACUCGUGCUCAUGAACGGGAGUUUGGCUCUGUAGAUGAUGAAAAUAAGCCUAUCUGGAUGCAUGCAGAAGAGAGGGAAGAAUGCAAAGGAAAGCAAAAAGAUGGCACAUCUUUUGGAGAGUAUGGUGGCUGGUACAAAGCUUGCAAAGUUGAUAGUCCAACAGUAACAACUACUUUAAAGAACCUUGGGGCACUUUACAGAAGACAGGGCAAGUUUGAAGCUGCUGAAACAUUAGAAGAGGCAGCAAUGAGAUCUCGUAAACAGGGUCUUGACAAUGUUCACAAACAGAGAGUGGCCGAGGUGCUGAACGACCCCGAGAGCGCGGAGAAGCGGCGCAGCCGGGAGAGCCUCAACGUGGAUGUGGUAAAGUACGAGAGCGGCCCCGACGGCGGCGAGGAAGCCUAGAUGCCUUUUGUGAUUCUUAUACUGUCUCCUGCAUGACGGGCGUGCACCAUCUUCAAGCUUUAACUUCUCUCUUCAGUACUGACUGCUGUGUUUUAGCAAACCCCUUAAGAUUCUUGUCAGAGCUACACUUCCCUGUAAACUGGCCAUUCCUUCAGUGCUGGUGUCGUUUUUUGGUUUUCUAUUUCUGUACCUGUGUAGCUUUGCCAGAUAUGUAUCUAGUCAUACCAAAUGUUAUUACAACCAUUUGCUGUGUAAUACAUUAGUAAAAAAAAAAAACCAAACAAGUAACAAUGACCUUUAUAAGUAGCUGUUCACUAUGGAAUAAAGGUAGUUAAAAGUAUCACACAAGGUAUUAUUGAAAUGGCAUGAUGGUGAUCUUUACAGGAGAAAAACCAAACCCGUACAAGUAAAGCAUGUUCUCCAAGUGCUUUAAAAUGUAUUUAGAGACCUAUUAUAUGGUUAACAUCAAUAUGGAACUCUGGAUGUCUUCACUUACAAUUAUUCUAAAGUAGCAUUGCUGUUUAGUCUUUGUGUGAGAUUUUGGCAAUUAUGCUUUUCUCUACUAAUCUUGGUGUUCAGUGAUUUGUGUAUUUGUCUUUCUAACUUCUAAUAAACUCACUCCAACUCA